UCCGGUUACGCUUUGCACGAAAAUGAGAAAAGUAAACAUGCUAGAAACUUGAGUAGAACAUAAAGAAAGUUAGGUCGUCGAAGUACAUUUUUGAACAGUUAUAAUGGAUUAUGAAUUUAAAAUUAAAACAGCACAGGAGAGAGCUCGUGUGGAAGAUGAAUUUGAAUACGAAGGGUGCAAAGUUGGAAGAGGCACUUAUGGUCACGUCUACAAGGCGAAAAGGAAGGACGGGUCAGACAAUCCUAACUCUAACUUAGAGUCUAAGUAUUAAAAGGAAAAUAUUUAAUUAAUUAGAUUAACCUCUGAGUUAUAAUCCUGGUUGCGAAUAAUCGCCGCCAUUUUGGUUGACACAACCAGUUAAUUAUGUCUCUAAGUCAGUGACUGAUACUGAUAAUGUAUCCCUAAAUCGAUCCCUAUGCCCCAUGCCUAACCUGAACCCUAAAUCGAUCCCUAUGCCUAACCUGAACCCUAAAUCGAUCCCUCAACCUAAUCUAAACCCCAAUUCACUGCAACUAUAAUAAACACACAAAUGACGUCAUGGGCAUGAUUCUCAACAAUAGCCCAUGGCCCAUGGUUUAUAAUUUAUAGUGAUGCAUUGUUUUUAAGUCUAAAAUUUAGAGUCUACUAAUUGAGAUAAGGUUUGGUAAUUUACCACUUGAGCGUCGGCCAAGAAAAAACCCAGCUGUUCCGGUUUGAAGGGCUAUUUAAACAAUUAUUCUUAUCUUGUUUUUACGACAUUGUACAUAUUCAUUCCAGCACAUAUACAGUAGAACAAAUAACACAAGACAAUUUAAAAAAAUAGAAAAUGUAAAACAAUUUAAUUUUAAAAAAAAAUUAAAAUAGAAGAAAUCAAACAAUGUAAUGUGUAAAAAUGACAUUAUGCAUAGUGCUCCCCCAAGGCGAGAAUGAAGUUCUUGAAAAUAUCAUGUCCUCGAAAACGGUUGCGGAACAAGAAUUCAUGUAGAUAAGAAGGGAACAGUUCGCGGCGUGUGCCAAACUGCCUUUUCAGUUUGCGCUUCGCGCGCAUCCACAUGUUUUCGACAUUCUGUGUGUGGACAUCAGCGUUAUCUGGAUCAACAAAAUUUCGUUGAUGUAUCACAACGGAGUGUUCAUAUAUCCCAUUUCUUAUUUGGUUAAUAUUUGCAUACGCGGCCCAACCGUCGGAUACAAUAAGUGUUCCUGGAAGGAUGAAUCUUUCAAUACACUCUUGUAAUGUUGUUGCACGUCGGUCUGGCACUUCGAUAAGAAAGCAGCGCCCACUCUCUCUUUCCACGCCACCGAAAACCCAGUGACCCUCUCUCCACUGUCCACGGUGGUAUUUCCUGUGGAAAUAUUUUGUUUCAUCAAUCUCUACUACAAUUGAUUCUCCUUGUUCGUCGAAUCCCCCAAUUUCAGAUGAAUUUUCAGCCAGCCAGGUUUCGCACUCCUCCCGCAUAAAAUUGGACCAGUCCGACACAAUAGUGAGAUUUGAGACGUCAGCCUCGCGUGCCAUCUGCAACUGUGGCAUAUCACAACACCAGCAGUAAACUUAAAUAAUAAUUUGCUGGAUGCUGAGGUGACUUCCAGUAAAGAACGAGCCUUCUCGUAGUGAUUUUCUAUAACUACAUGCAGCACAGGCCCACCUGAGUCCGUCCUGUCCUUGACCGUAUCUGUUUAACCUGCACAGCCCAUUGCAGACAGCACAUGUCAUACUAUUUUUUAAGAGUCGUCGACGCACACACCAUCAUAGUGCUGAAUUAGGGUCAGACAAAUUCGGCAGUAGUGUGGACAGCCACCAUACUUCUUCGUUUCUUAUUUGAUCAAUAUCAAACACUUCGUGCAUCGGCACUAUUGUAGUCUCUCCUCUUUUUCUUCCUGUCAUAUUGGAAACUUAGUACCGUAGUAAUAAUUAUUUAAAUGUAUUGUGCUAAAUAACUUUAAAUAUGGAAGUGAAACAAUAAGAAUAAUUGUUUAAAUAGCCUUUCAAACCGGAACAACUGGAUUUUUUCUUGGCCGACGCUGAAGUGGUAAAUUACCAAAAAAGGUUUUAAUCAUUAGACUUGGUUUAUUCACAUUUAUUGGUUAGAAAACUUUGUUGUCAACAAAAACUAUUAGAUGUGGAUGUCAUUAAGGUUAAAGUUUUCAUUUUGUGUGUUUUUGCACAUUUAAUAAUAAUUAAUAUGAAUUUUACUAUUGUAAGCAUGCUGAUGAUUUAUCAAACCUUAGAUAACCUUUGGGGCAUGGAUCUAUAACACACAGACUGAUAAGAUGGCACAGCUAAUCCUAUCAGAAUGUGCAGCUCCUAUGUGGCCUGUUAGCUAUUGCAUGGCUGCUGGUAUGACAGCUAGAGAUCUGCAGCAUGUGUGCCAUGGCCAUAGGUCUGCCACAACUGCUUAAAAUUUGAUGAGUUGCCUACUAUAAUUAUCAAAACUUACUAUUGCUUAGGCUACUUAUUCAAAAAUUAUUACUGUUAAUUAAGAUUAAGCUGUUUACUCCGUAAGUAUUUACUCUGUUCCUUGCCAUUUUUCAUGUCUGGGAGGAGUGUUUCCAUUCACUCAAACACAAGAGUUCUCCAUAAUGUGUAUACCAAAGGGUUUAUUGUUACUUUAAUGGAAGUGAUAAAAAUUAUAGAAACUCUGAUAAAAAUAAUAAAGUAAGAUUUCAAUCAAGGCAGGCACUUUACUGUUUGAUGAAACGCGUCCCUGCUAAAGGCUACAGAAAACCAAGUUAUGAAUGAUGAAUUAUAAACAUAUGGGGGCCUAGUCAAUUGUUUUGCCUACAUAUGCAAUCUCUUAUAUAUAUUUUACUUCUCAUCUGUCCUGCUUCCUUUUCAUAACCGCCCUCACCCCAACCCCACAUGUUUUAAAUUAAUAGUACUGAGUGAAAAAAAUAAAAGACUUUUGUGCAUGACGUGUGAACUCAGAUAAAUUUAGGUGGAGGAUACUAUUAUAUUAAUCAAUAAAGAACCAUGGGCGUGGUGUAGGACAGGGGUGGGCAAACAUUUUCUGCAGAGGCCCACAUUGAAAACUUAAUUAUCAUCGUGGGGGGCCGCAUAUAUAUUUUCUCUGCUUCAAUAACAAUUUACAAUGUAUGAAAAUAUGAAUUAAUGAUAAUAACCAGGUACGUGUGUUUGUCAUUUUAUUUUACAUUCAAGCUGUAUUACACAUGCACGUUUUAUUUUAGAAUAGGAACUGAAACAGUUUCUAACUUGAUAAUAAGAUAUUACUAUUCAUAAUUAUUAUUUCAACAAAGGUUUAUUGCUACCUAUCAUAAUAAUUAGGAAGAAGAAGGAACUUAAUUUACAUACAAUCUGACCCAAGAGUACAAUUAUAAUUAAUGAGAAGUAUGUAACUAUUAACAGUUUUAGAUAAUGUUCUUGAACUGUGGAACCGGUUAACUGGUUGUGAUUCGCAUGACUGCAUUCAAAUUGGAGUCAGUCACCAUCGACCUGUUCUUAGACUUAUUUUCAGACAAGAAAAACCUUGCUCACAGAUGUAAGUGGACCCACAUAGUGACAAAAGUUUAGCAGCAAAGUUUUUAAAGUGUGCUAAUGCUGCUUCUGGCAAAGAUCCAUAAAACUCCAGCAGAAGAAAUGACUUAAACUUGUCCUUCAAGUCAUAAUCUGCUUGAAGGUCAAGCAGCUCCAAUUGUAUCUCAUCUAGGGCUGAAUCAGCUUCUGAACUUAAUGGAGAACUCAAAAUAUUGAAGAGUGGUUCCAGGUCCUUGAAGUCUUGUAACCUCCUGUCAAAUUCCACAACCAUGAGCUUUGUACUUUUUAGCCAUUUGGUUUUCUUGAUAGUCAAUGCAGCAUUACACAGACUUUCCUGAUGGAUGACACAGUGAAGAUGUAAGAGUAAAUGGUCAGGAUGUUCUUCUUUAAUCUUAUUAUUCAUCAACUUCACCAGACCUACGUUUUUUCCCGUCAAAGCAUGCGCUCCAUCAGUUGUUUCACUUGCCAUCUUGUUCCUCACCAACCCAGUUCUUUCAACACAUUUCUUAAUAGCAACGAAUAAAUCCUGAUCAGUGGUUGUGUCUUUGAGUGACUUAACUUUUAGUCAUUCUUCGGUAAGCUCGAAACUAGUGUGCAUUUCCCAUAUAAAUACCAACACUUGUGCUGUGUCAUGUACAUCAGUACUUUCGUUUAGCAUGCCUGACUACAGUUCUUCUUGAUAAAGAAAUGCUGUCAAAUUUUGUUUUCUGUCCUGGACACAUAUUGUUUGUUGCAUCUGACAAGCAUUCCUUGAUGAACUUGCCGUCAGAAAAAGGAUUGUUACAUUUGACAAUCAUAUGGGACAGCACCAAACUGGCUUCAGCUGCAGUUUCCUGCUUCUUUAAACUGUUAACCAACUCCUGGAAUGUUCAUUUUCUCUCUUUGUUCGUUAAAUUGUGACCGAAAUCCAUAUGUUUUAUUUGGUGAUGUUACGCACUGCUUUCUAUUGUGAGAAACUAAUCUCUUAUUUUAAGUUCAAGGCUCGUUCUAAACAAUGCCUAACAAAGGACGAUACCAUAGAGAAAUACAAUAGCAAAACUACAAAACUCAAAACAGUACUAAUUACAAUUAAAAAGAUUUAUUUAAGUAGUAAUAUAAUUACAAAACAAAAAAGAAAUAUAAUUACAAUCAUCAACUUACAGAGUAUGGGAUGUCUUGUACCAGUAAACAGUUUGUACAAUGUAUUAAUUAAUAAAGUACAAUGAUGAAUGCAAAUAAACACAUAUGAGUACAAACAGAAUAAUACAAUUGUCUCGUGAAGUGAAAAAUAUCUAUCAAUCAAUCUCUUCCCGUCUUUCAAUUCCCCGGCUUUAUAUAUGGGUGUAGCCUGUUUUUAAGAAGAUUCUGGGGCAGAAUAUACAUUAUAAAAUGAGUAAAACAGAGUAGUGAUAAACCUGAAAAAAUAAACGCAACAAAACAGCGAACGUGUCGGCAGAAAGCCUUCGUCAGCGAACAAAACAACAGAAAAGACGGUAUAAAAAUAAAAAUAAGAAAUAGCACUUAGCUGGUAAGUAGUAUCUGUGUGCAGCAAUAGAAGUGUGCAGUCUCUCCCCUUAUUACCCCAGAAUAUACAUUGUAGUCGUGACUCGAAUCUUCUACAGAUUUCUAUAAUUACCUCAAUUUUUUACCACAUUCGAGUCAAGACAAACAGGCGAUAGAUUGUUUUGUGGUUAAAAAAAAUUAAAAGAAAUAGACCUUGCCCAAUAUGAACGCAGUCUAAUUUGGGGUCAAACCGAGUUCACGGCAUGGGGAAAGUGUGAUGUAAACAUGUCCUACAUAACAGUGAUGUCUUUUUAAAUAAUACUCCUUAAAGACGACCGCACAUUCACGGCACAGCAAUCAGUCUGCUUUGCUCCCAAUGUUCAUGAAGAAGUACCUACUUGCAGUCCAUUCGUCAUUAAAAAUGCAACGUUGGUCCUCAAUCUUUCUUUUUCUUUUGGCAGCACUCAUGGUUAAAUCAACGACUAUUCGCUUUCAAAUUACAAUUUUUAAAAAAACCUUUCAAAAUGUAAACAAAAGCUACUUCCAACUGAGCGGAAAGGCAGUUUCAAAAAAGGGGUGUUAAUGAUUAGUAACUAAUCGAUUCUGGAGCCAUAUCAUGAAAACCGAUUUAAUAUCCCAAAACUGGAAUCAAAUACUCUAAAUAAAAAUUUAAAAAAUAUAGCAAGAAUUCUAAUCUAACAAAAUGGACAUCGACAUAGGAUGGCAAUAUAUAGGCCUAUGGGUGGCAUAAUAUACACUGGUGGUCCGCAUGCAGCGGUCCGUAGUUUGCCCACCCCUGGUGUAGGACUAUUGUGUUGGACUGUCGGUAGGCCUAUUCUAUAAAGGCCGGCAGGCAGAGUGUUGGACAUUCUGUAUGUCUAUUUCUGAAAAUACCCAGACCCAUUGUAAAAAAACUGCUCCCACUUAAGCCCUAGUAUUCUAUAUUUAGUAUCAUUUUUUUUAUUUUCAUCAGUGCUAUCACUUGCCCACUGGUUGUCACUACUAACUAAUCCUGAGAUUGGCAAACCUUUGUAAAGUCAAAAGCCUUAGAAUUUUUUUUAGCUUUGUAAAUAUGAAUGUACAACUUUUGGGGUGAUUUUUCACUUUUUACAAUUAUAUUUUCGCUACUUAAAUUGAUUGGAAAAAAUCUUGAAGUUAAAUUUAGAGAAGAAAAACUAUAAAGAUCUAGGGCUUUGCAAUGCUAACUUUUGCCCGUGUUUAAUGAUGAGUUUUAAGAAUGUUGUUUAAUUUGAUGUAUCAUUUUGCUUUUUUUUUUCUCAGUGAUCAGAAGCAAAAUUAUGCACUGAAGCUCAUUGAAGGCACUGGUAUCUCCAUGUCUGCAUGCAGAGAGAUUGCUGUAAGUACUACCAUUUAUUUUCAAGAAUAAUUCAUUAAUGUCCUUAAAGAGGAAUCAGUGAUUUGUUACUGGUAUUAUUUUACCAGGUGUGUAAUGUAAUUCUAUGAAAUGUAAUAGUCUAUACUAAAAAUUAUAAUAAAAUGUGCCCUGUUGAAAAUGUUGUUGUUGUUUUUUUUUAACUGUAAAGCAAUCCACCGCCACCUUUCCUAAAAUUGUUAUUAAUUUUUAAUUGUUUCGAUUGCCUCGCCAGCAAUUAAAAUUGAAAAAUUUCAGUUAAAAAAAAAAAUUCUCAUAGCAGUUUUUAUGAGGUUGUAAAAACAAACCAAAUUUAUAAGAUAAAAUCUAUCAAACUAAACUUGAAUUUUGCACUUUAUGAAUCUCAUAAUUCAGACACUGAUUAACACAUUCCAUGGGACUUAUAACUCAUUGUUUUGACUGAACCGUUUUUUUGUAAUAUUAGUGGCAAUUUUAUGACACUGUACUUACCAGCUUCUGCGAGAACUCAAGCAUCCCAAUGUGAUCAGCUUACUGAAAGUGUUUUUGUCUCAUCAAGAUAGAAAAGUUUGGCUGUUAUUUGACUUCUCAGAGCAUGACUUGUGGGUAUGUGUAACAUUAAUUAUUGGCACUGAUAAAGUUGUUAGGUACACUGUCUGCAAAACUGAUAAUGUUGCUUAUAUUUUGUGUAGCUUCGUGUCUUGAAAUUUAAACUUAUGCUACAUUCUUUUUUUCUUUGCAGCACAUCAUCAAAUACCACAGAUCUGCCAAGGCAAACAAGAAACCCAUCAAUACACCUAAAAAUAUGGUCAAGUCUCUGCUGCACCAGAUUCUGGCGGGAAUACAUUAUUUACACAGUAACUGGGUGCUGCAUAGAGAUCUUGUGAGUUCUUUGUACUGUGAGAUAUUAAUCAACAAGUCAACUGGAAGCCAUUUGGUCACUUUUAUAAUUAUAUCUUUCAAAAGUUGAAAAAAUGUUGAUUUUAAAUUCAUAACUCUGUAAAAUUGGAUUCCUCUUUUUAGUCAAAAUGGGAAAAAUUUAGUUUUUUUAACUUGAGAUUACAAGGUAAUUCUUUCGUGAACUUCAGAAACCAGCCAAUAUUCUUGUGAUGGGCGAAGGGCCAGAACGAGGGAGAGUCAAAAUAGGUUUGUGGAAUGAAUUUUACUUUAGAACUUAAUAGGGUCCUUUUGUAGAAAAAAAAAAAAGAUUUAUAUACUUAUAUAUGGUAAAUAUACAAGUUUAACAAAUGUUAUAAUGAUGUUGCAAUGUUAACAUAAAUUUGUCAGUACAGCUAUUUGUUUUCAAACCCUUAGAUUAAAAUGAACAAACUGCCGGCACACCAACCUUUCUAGGUUAGAAGCUACAGAAAGAUUAGUCUGGACAGUGCACUGUCUAUGAAUUGACUGUUAAGAUAACUAGAUUUCUAUGUAUUUUUGAUAUGGUCUGGAGACUAGGCUUUAUGUUUUCAUAUUUACAUUAUAAAAUUAACCAGGUUGACCCUACUUUUUCUCAUAAUUUCCAGCUGACAUGGGCUUCGCAAGAUUAUUCAAUUCACCACUCAAACCAUUAGCUGACCUUGACCCUGUGGUUGUGACUUUUUGGUACAGAGCUCCAGAGCUUUUAUUGGCAGCUCGACAUUACACAAAAGCAAUAGGUAAUUUUUCCUGAGUUACUAUUGGCAUUAACUUUGAUUAAGAAUUAAGUUCAUGUAAUUGACUUUAGAAAAUUACAAUUGCUCAGAGACUCAGAGCAUCUCCCCCUUGUGACAAUGAUUAAUUUUUGUCCACGUCAGAUAUCUGGGCUAUAGGCUGUAUAUUUGCUGAACUACUGACAUCAGAGCCCAUCUUCCACUGUAGACAGGAAGACAUCAAGACCAGCAACCCCUACCACCACGACCAGCUUGAUAGAAUUUUUAAUGUUAUGGGCUUCCCUCAAGGUCAGAUUAUUAUUUCAUAUUUCUUUGUGUUAAAUGUCUAAUAGAUGUGACACUGGGUUAUACUAGUAUAAAAGUGUAGUUUAUAUGAAGUGCCCAAGUGAUGUAACAAUUUACAGGUAAUAUUUUUUUAAUCUUUAAUAGAUUAUCCCACCUUGACCACUAGAUUGCUUGUUUCUGAUGGGCUUACAACUCCUUAUAGAACACAUUUAUUUACAGAAGCUGCCUGUAAAACUUGAAAAUCUCUGUGACCAAUAUUUCAUCCUUAACAAAAUACAAUAAUUUGAAAUUAAAAAUGUUAAUUUAGGCAAGGUGUCUUCAAAGUAACUUUAAAAUACUUAAAAUCUCAUCCUAUUUUAAGCUUAAGUAAAGUCAGUCGUGAAUGAUUUCCUGCUAAUCUCAACAGAUAAAGACUGGGAAGAUAUCAGGAAAAUGCCUGAGCACCAACAGCUGAUGAGAGACUUCAAACGUUCCAAGUAGGGAGUUUUCUUUGUCCACCUCCUAGGCUCCAGUUCUCUUAUUCUCAAUUACUUCCUAAAAUUUGGAGACUGUUUUUUUUUUAUAAAAAGCUUACUGAUGGUUGACACCAUCGUGCUACUGCAUAUGAUCCUCAGCAGAUGUUCUGAUAAAUGACAUUAUGAAAGUGGUUCACCGUGGCUAUUAUAAUUUUUAUUACAAAAAUUUAGAUACAAAAUAUAAGUAAUUGAAGUGAAUUAUCAUUUUAAAAAUAUGGGUAUGGCGGAAUAAAAUGAAUUUUUUCUUCUCUCAAUUGGAAGUGAGUUGGAAAAUAAAAAUGUAAUUCUCUUUGUUGUCAACUGAUUUAAAAAUAAAUGUGCUAUAUUAUUGGUAUAAGUAGGGGGCAUUUUAUCUUAUGGUCACAGAUAUAAGAAUCAGAAAAUUGUAAACUUUGUGGAUUUCAAUAAUUCAAGUGUGUUUUUGGAGGGUUAUAAAGUAGAAUAUUAAAGUAAGUUAGCAUACAUUCAAAGCAACAUUUUCUGUUUUAAAAAUGCUAAAAUAUUGUUAUAAAAAUGCUAAAAUAUUUUUUUUCAAUUUCUUUGAAUUGUUGGAAAAUACAUCCAAUUAUAAUCAAUUUAGUGCAAAUAGUCCCUGAAAAAAAACCUCCUGUACUAAUAUCAUACAGGUAGACAAGAUCUAUAGAGUGUUUAUUUUACUAUAUUUUUGCUUGGGAGUUGGAAUGGUUCUUGGGACACUUUCUUCAUUGUUUGAUUCUGUCAUAUUAAGUCCUGCAUAAAAGAUUUACUUAUAACCUGAAACUAAGAAUUUAUACAGUUUUGUACCUUUUUUUUUUCCACUCAUGGCCAGCUAUGUAAACUGCAAUCUCAUGAAAUACAUGGAAAAACACAAAGUCAAGGCAGACAGUAAAGCAUUUCAUUUAGUAAGUAAUGAAUUCUGUAUUUAGUGUUUUUAUGUUGAGUAUCAUUGCUUAAAAUCUGAUUUUUAUCAAAUUCUUAAGAACCAUCAUUACUGACUCUCUUGUCUGAUAACAAUUAAGAAAGGAGUAACGCUCCCAAAUAACUCUAAACACAAAAUAACUAGCUUGACUGUACAUGUUGUUCCCGUCCUAAUAAUCGUCUUGGUACUUAAAUCACAUCUUAACUUGGCUCUUUUAUGCCUCGGUAUUAGAAAUAAGUUAAAUAUGAGCAAAUAUCUUUUGCUAUCUAUUUUGAAGAUACCUUCAGCAAUGCUAGAGUCUAUAGUUAGUGUUUGUUUAUAGUGUGUCUGUUUAGGUGUUUAUUUACAAUGUGUCCGAUUAGGUAUUUAUUUACAGUAUGUUUAUUUAGCAUUUAUUUACAGUAUGUUUAUUUAGCAUUUAUUUACAGUAUGUUUAUUUAGCAUUUAUUUACAGUAUGUUUAUUUAGUAUUUAUUUACAGUAUGUUUAUUAGUUUUUAUUUACAGUGUUUGUUUAGGUGUUUAUUUACCAUGUGGCUGUUUAUCUAUAAACCUAAUGUCCAUCAACCGCCAUUAUAUUACAGCACUUUGUCUUAUUUAACCAACAGCUCCAAAAAUUGUUAACCAUGGAUCCCACCAAGAGAAUCUCAUCAGAGCAGGCAAUGAAGGACCCGUACUUCUCAGAAGACCCAACACCAUGUGCAGAGUAAGUCUUGGGUUGUUCUUUUUUACAAUAGACAAUAUAUUUAAUAAUCUGGCGCUACAACUACAAAGAAAAAGCAUUGUUGAGGAUGUGCAUCAGGGUAAAAACCACUAUUAGUGAAAGUUCAAAGACAUGAUAAGCAAAAUAUAGAGACUUUUAGAUAUACUUCAACAUACAAAGUACAAGAUAAUAUUUUAGCUAAUAUUUUUACAUAUAAUGGUUAGAAUUUUUUAAAAUUAUUAUUUCCUGAAUGAUAACAUUUUGAAAAUUUUACUAAAAGUGCGUGAAUUUUAUCUUUGCUGUUAUAUAAGAUCAAGUCAAAUAGUUCAUUAAAGUUACAGCUUAUUGAAGAUCAAGUCAAAUAGUUCAUUAAAGUUACAGCUUAUUGAAGAUCCAGUCAAAUAGUUCAUUAAAGUUACAGCUUAUUGAAGAUCAAGUCAAAUAGUUCAUUAAAGUUACAGCUUAUUGAAGAUCAAGUACUGGUACUUGAACUUAACUCCUUUGGAUUUAAUGGCCAUUUCUUUGACCAAAUUAGUGGUGUAGCCAUGGGCACCAAAAUGGGCCCCAGCUAUGCUUGCCUAUUCAUGGGUCAUUUUGAAUAUAUGGCAGAGAGGGCAUAUACUGGCCAUAUUCCUGAAUUUUAUAGGAGAUACAUAGAUGACGGCAUAGGCAUCACAAGCAUGGAAACUAAUGAUCUCCAGAAAUUUAUAGAUUUUUUAAACUCAUUUCACCCAUCAAUAAAAUUUACUUCUCAAAUCUCUGGACAUUCUGUCAACUUCCUUGAUAUCACCGUAACUUUGAAAGAAAACGUAUUGAUUACAUCUGCCUACUACAAACCUACUGACAGCCAUAGUUACCUAUUGUACUCAUCCUCCCACCCUAAAUCAUGCAAAGACUCCAUACCUUUCUCACAACUUCUUAGACUACGGCGUCUCUGCCAAAUUGAUGAGGAAUUUCUAGAAAGAGCCGAUGAAAUGAUGGAUUUCUUCCGCUCCAGAUCCUAUCCUGAAACUACUCUGGUCUCAGCACUAGAUCGCAUCAGCACGAUCACACGAAAAGAGGCUUUUAAAACUCGCCCUAACAACAAUGAGGAUCGUACCAAACUUAUACUAACCUACCACCCUCACAAUUUAACUGCCAAAAAAAUAUUCCUAAAAAAUCGUAGCAUACUUCUUGCUGACCCUGAUACCAACAGGGUUUUCUCAUCCCCUCCACUGAUUGUCUUUAGACGGGACAGAAAUCUAGGUGAUCUUCUGGUUCAUAGUCGCCUUCGAUCUGAACCGUCUUACGUUGGUACUAAACCAUGCUUAAGAGGCCGCUGCAGAACUUGUCCCUUUACACUCCAAACUGAUAGCAUUGGCCUCCCUAAAGGUACUUUUACCAUUAAGGAGGGUUUCACCUGUGUCAGCAGAAAUGUAAUAUAUGCGAUUGUUUGCCGUAGAUGCCAAUCAAGUUACAUAGGGGAAACUGGGAGAAGAUUGGCUGAUAGGUUUACUGAACAUCUAAGGGAUAUUGAGCAAUGUAAACCUUCCCCGGUCUCUUCUCAUUUCAACCAAAAAGAACAUAAAGGUGCUUUGGAUGUAACCAUUACGGCAUUGAUUUCAUGCAGUAACACACCAGAUAGGGUUAAAAUGGAAAAUAAAUUUAUUCAGCUGUUUGGCACCAUAUCUCCAUAUGGUAUUAAUCAAAUAAUAUCCUACUGAUGUUUCUCCGUUUCCCUAUAUUUCAUCUAUUUUCUUAUUGCUGUUUGUUGAUGUAUCCCUGGAUAUUCUGGUCCAUUAUUAUUGUGGACUUUAUUUUUCACAGUGUCAAUAUUUAUAUUCUCUCGCUUCCUGUUUUCUCACUUCCGGAGAGACGAAUGAAUACUGCUUGAGUUUUGUACUGUGUUCUUUUCUUUGUUAAAUUUUCAUUUCUAUUGUUGGCUGAUGAAGGCUUUAUGCCGAAACGUCCUUGUUUUUUGUCCUGUUACCUUAUUUCAAGCUUCCACAUACCUCGUUUCACUAUUUCAUUCAUUCAAGUUACAGCUUAUUGAAGAUCAAGUCAGUUCAUUCAAGUUACAGAAUAAUUAAGGCAAUGUAGGUUCACUCACCUUUGAGUUGAUGCCCACUGAAAGGAAAACUUAUCAAAUUAUUUCACAGGAUUGUCUUGUUAAUUGUUCUUUAACAAUCAGAUAGUGAGCAGAUUUAGAUUGCUGAAGUUCGAAGGUAUCUAGACAUCUACUCUUUAAUGACAUGAUGAUUCCAUUUCAGUGUCUUUGAAGGGAUGCCCAUACCAUAUCCUAAAAGAGAAUUUAUAUCAGACGAUGACAAUGAAGACAAAUCAGAUACCAAUAAGGUUCGAUAUUUUUCUCUAGCACCACAUUAAACAAAAUUUAACAGCCUGAAUUAAAGAUGCAAACAUUUUUGUUUAAAAACUACAAGAAAAGCAUUAGCCUACUUAUUUUGCACACUUUAAACACUGUCUCUAGGUGUACCAUAUUGCUUAUCAAUGGACCUGCAAAGGGUCUAUAGAUGACAUGUCAAGAACCCCUCGUUUAUUGCAUCUCUUCUUUAUUUCAGCAACAGACAGCAGGGGCAGCUGGAGGCGGGGGCAACAACCAAGGCUCCGACCACAACCAACCACCAGCCAAACGGCCCCGAAUAGCCCCGACCAGCAGCAACAACUCAAUGGUAUCUGGCGACUAUCAGGUGGGGGGGGUAGUGAUGUUGUCGGUGGCAUGAACGUCAACUCAACCUCUCAUCAUGAUAUUUUCAUCCUCUCCUUUGUGUGUAGUCGCCCUGUUCCCUGGAUUCCUCUGGCUUUUUCCUCCAUUACUUUAUAUAUGCAUACUGUCUAACUUGGAAGCUUGAUCUAGAUAGAUAUAUUCAUUUAUCUUUAUAUUGUGUCCAUGGAGAUGUUUUGCGACAGAUUUAUAUAUCUUUAUCUUGGCCCUGUGGAGAUGUUUUGAGCCUCCCCCCACUUUUUCAGAGACUAGCUUUCCUACAAUGACACAUGUCAAUCUGACCCAGUAAGUGAAUUGCCACCAUUGGAAAAUUGAGAUCAUAAUAUUGAGCAUUAUAGCUGUAACUAGAAAAAUUAGUAUCUGGUGGUUAAAAGGGUUAUAAUUAUAAAGUUAACAUUGAAUCAUUGAAUAUAUUAAUUUUUACUGCAUAAUGCAGCUGAAAUAGUCACAUGUGCUGAAAGAGUUGUCCAAGACAAACAUCAAGAAAUUAUUCCCCUUUGAUUAUUAAAAACAAUUAUUUAAAUUGAUAUUUUGUAUACAAACCAAAAAGUUAAUUUUCUGCUUACCUGUUGCUAACUUUCACUUAAUAUAUGGGCUGUUGGUGUCUUUUAAAAAAUAUAUAUCUAGAAUUUUUUAUUUUAUCAUAUAGAUGAAUCAGGCAUUUUUAGAAGCUUUUUUUGUGAAUGCGACAUGUCAUUAACUAUGACACUACUCCAUCUAAAUGUACUCUUAACUUAUACGCACCAUCCACAAUAACUGUUGACCAUUCAGAUCAGCCUUAAAAAUAAGCAUUAGAAUUAAAAUGUGGACUUGUUCAUUAGUAACUUUGUCAUUGAUGUUACAACAAGAAGUUACACUUUAGAAGGAUUCAUUUUAGAAAGCCUCGCUUUAGAAAGAUUCACUCUAGUGGGUCUUAGUUUUAGUAUAACAGUUACACUUGAAGGCAACUAGUGAAAAAAAUGCAUAAGUUUUUAAAAAAAUUCUAGAUUAAAUUUUAAUAACUAUCUGAACAUUCAUCCCAAAUUUUUUUCUUCCCUUUUUGGCCCACCAAUCAAAUAUUAUUUUAAGCUGUUAAACUCUAACAGAAAUAUUGAGAUAUGAUUCAUUUAUAGAUCACUGUUGAUUGCAUACUUAUACCUGUAUGAAAUUCCUUUUUUUUAAUAAAUAAUUUAAAUAACCAUUUAUAGGUACUGGUAUAAAAAUAUUUUCUUAAAAUUUAGCAAGAGAUCUGAGCAGCACGCAAUGGCCUACUCCAUCAUGUGUUCCUUUGGCUCAGACCUUCACUCUCUACAUGACCAUUCUGUUUCAGAUCUUCCAUAACGGCCAGCCAGGUAGCUACCAGCUGAGCCAUAACUUUUCUAAUGGAUAUCACGCAGCCGCCCCCAACGGUGACCCUAAUUUAUACCAUUCAUCAUCCUACGAGACCUGGGUACACAGAAGAUUUUAUUUUUCUAUUUCAUUUGACAAUUUUUUUUUUUACUAAUUAACACGUUGUUCUGUUUUACUCAUUGACACGCUGUGUGGACACAAAACCGAAGCACUGUUUGGACAUAAAGCUGAGCCAUAUCCCAAAUAAAUAGGACAGUUAUUCAUUUAAUCACUCUAGUUGAAUGUCAAAUUGUAGCUAAUGUUGGUAUUUAUUUGAUUAAAAUUUAAGUUUUUGAUAACUGAAGCAACUAAUUUAAAUAUGAUACACUCUUGUAUUAGUAAUUUCUUGGUUGUAUUUUGAAAAUCUAGUUUUUCAACUUGGGAAAAAUAACGGGUAUUUUAAAUGUUAUGGGUUAUUGCAUGCAGUUAUUUUUAGGAAUGAUGGGAAAUCAACAGGAUCAUAUCAGAAAAUAUUCUGAAUUAAGAACAUGUUCCUCUCUGCAUUUGGUGUUAACACUAAGGUUCCUCUCAAAACUUGGUGUUAACACUAAUGUUCCUCUCUGCAUUUGGUGUUACAUUAAUGUUCCUAUCAGUGUUGGUGUUAACACUAAUGUUCCUCUCUGCAUUUGGUGUUAACAUUAAUGUUCCUAUCAGUGUUGGUGUUAACACUUAUGUUCCUUUCUGCAUUUGGUGUUAACACUAAUGUUCCUGGCAGUGUUUGGUGUUAAUACUCAUGUGUCUCUCAGUGUUUGGUGUUGCAACUCAUUGUUUAAUGUUUAUGUUUUAAAGUUUACCUUGCUUUGAUUAACAAGUUGUUCCAUGCUUUUGCUCUGUUUAAUGAACAUCUCAUUUAACUUAUCAGUGACACGAGUUUAGUAUUUUAUACAAAUAAUUUGAAAGAGUAGCCACCCUGUAGAUUGAACCCAUAGUUGUUUAAUCGGUUUAAUCAUUCGUUAACUAAUUGAUCACCAGCCCACACUUGGAUAUUAUAUGUAAUUAUUUACAUUAGGAAUGCUUUUAAAUUUGUUCAAUGAAAAUUAUUUCACUCUCUUUACAACCAUUUCAGAUAAGCCUAUAGCCAUUUAAGUAGUUGAAUAAGUUAAUUAUUUAGUAAAUAAGAAACAGUUACAACAUAUCUUUGAUAAUACCAGUUCUCUCUAUUUUUAAAAACUUGAAAUAAAAGAAGUGUAUAAAAUAUGUAUUACAAGAAGUGUGUAAAACUUUAUAUUACUAAACACUGUUGAAUCAUAUUUAUUCUUUUAUUUUUGUAACAUGAUUAUUUUUUUUAAAACUUUUUAAAUAACUGAUUUUUACUAAAAGAUAUUUAAACAAACUUAAUUUUAAAUUACACAGGGUAAUUUGAUAGAUCAGUUACAAAGUAUGAAGGGGGAAAAUUACAUCAAAAUUGUUUUGUGUACUACUUGCAGAAAAAUUUCUCAAUUUAUAUUUUAUUUUAUUUUUUCAUAUAUUACUUGGUAAAAAAAUAAUUUUUGUACCGUAUCAAUAUUUUAUUAAUAUUGUUAAUUUUAAUGAAAAAAAACAAGCUGCCUUUAGGAGGAUGGUAAAAAAAACUCAACUGACAGAACAAAAUGGAUAAACCAUACAGCUGAAGUUUCACCUCUCUGAAUGUGGCGAUAAUAAUGUUGAAGAGCCGUUGUCAUGGUCAUCUCAUUAGAUCGACUGGCCUCAGCUUCAGCACUGUCACCUCUCGUGCCGCCCAACCACCUACAACUGUUUCUUUUCUUUUUGUCUCUUCCCAUCCAGCACGUCCACAACAUGCAGGGCGGAGGGAACAGUCAGCAGCAGGGGAUGACCUACUCAAACAAUCAGUCGCAGCAGAACACAUCAGGGUCCAACUUUGGACAGCGUAUGAUAUGACCACAUGCUCCAACUGGUCUGUUGUGUGUUCAUUGAAUGGUUCUCUUAGGGCCACUUGGAAGAGGUGGUGUGUUUGUAUGAUAAAUGUGUAGAAUAUUAGAGACGAGUAUCUACGUCAAGUGUUUUGCUGGUGGAUGUGGCAGGGCUCUGAUAUAUUGCAAAAAUUCUUUUAGUUACAUAUUUCCAAAAAUUAUUUAAUGAUAACUUUAACUUAAU